AUGGUCGAUAUCAUCGAGCUUAUCGGUAAAAUCAAGGGCUACGAAGACAUUCCUCUGCGGAUACAGGAGAUAUACUUCGCCAAUGUCCAAUUCAAGAUCAUUAAGCACGACGACCACCCAGCGGCCCAGCCAUACCUGGGAAUGGUUAGCAAUGAGGAGCUCCUUGAACGACCCGAGGCUGGAGGAGGGAAUUUCUCCAGACGCGCCAUGCGCCAUGUACUGACCAAAUCACACUCUCGCGAAGAACAUCUGGAUAGCAGUCUCGAGGUCCUUGCACUCAAGAACCAGCUGGUGUGGGAAGGUUCAAAUGGAACCACUGCCAGGUUCAAAUUCGGAACCUUGUAUCCAAUGCGCUUCUCCGUCUGGAACAGACAGACAGAUGAAAGAGCUUUGUAUGCCGUUCGGCGGACUACGACAGCAGAGCAUUACCAGAAUGAAAAUGUCUUAUAUGCCGGCAUGAAUGAAGAGCCGAAUGUGCUUGUGAGGUUCUCGAAACUCAAGAACGAGAAGAAGCCGAAUGGUGUUUCCUUCCAAAUGGAUUUCGACGCUGCCACACGAGCAGACAAAAUUGGAGCGCAUGAUUGGGUUCGGAUGGACUUCUAUGAUAUCCAAACUAAAGAAAAUGUUGGCUGGUUGCAAAAUAAUGGGGGAAUUGCUAAACUGAACGAACUGGGGGAUUUGCAGAUGGAUGCCAGCGUAUUCAAAUUCAUGUAUCUCUAA